CAGGAAUUGUGGGAGGCGCUUCAGUGAAGAAAUGGACCAGUGUUUAUAAUCAUGGGAUCUCCUUGCUAACCUUCGCCACCUGCUCUUCCUGAUAAGUGAGCGAGAGAGUGGGUCAGGGAGAAGGAAAAGAGAUCAACAUGAAGCUAAAGCAGCGAGUUGUGCUGUUAGCAAUUCUCCUCGUCAUCUUUAUCUUCACCAAAGUUUUCCUGAUUGACAACUUAGAUACAUCAGCUGCCAACCGGGAGGACCAGAGGGCUUUUCACCGAAUGAUGACUGGCUUGCGGGUAGAGCUGGCACCUAAGCUGGACCACACCUUGCAGUCUCCCUGGGAGAUUGCAGCCCAGUGGGUGGUUCCCCGGGAAGUGUACCCUGAAGAGACACCAGAGCUGGGGGCAAUCAUGCAUGCCAUGGCCACCAAGAAAAUCAUUAAAGCUGACGUGGGUUACAAAGGGACACAGCUAAAAGCCUUAUUGAUACUUGAAGGAGGACAGAAAGUUGUCUUCAAACCUAAGCGGUAUGGCCGAGACUAUGUGGUAGAAGGGGAACCAUAUGCCGGGUACGAUAGACACAAUGCAGAGGUAGCAGCCUUUCAUUUGGACAGGAUUCUUGGUUUCCGCCGAGCCCCUUUGGUGGUUGGUAGAUUUGUUAAUCUGCGGACAGAGAUCAAGCCUGUUGCCACGGAGCAGCUGUUGAGCACCUUCCUAACUGUAGGAAACAAUAGUUGUUUCUAUGGGAAGUGUUAUUACUGCCGAGAAACAGAGCCAGCUUGUGCUGAUGGAGACACGAUGGAGGGAUCUGUCACACUUUGGCUUCCAGAUGUGUGGCCUCUGCAGAAACACCGACACCCAUGGGGCAGGACUUACCGAGAAGGCAAAUUGGCCAGGUGGGAGUACGAUGAGAGCUACUGCGACGCUGUGAAGAAAACGUCCCCUUAUGACUCCGGCCCGCGCCUCUUGGACAUCAUUGACACAGCUGUCUUUGAUUAUCUGAUUGGCAAUGCUGACCGCCAUCACUAUGAGAGCUUUCAAGAUGAUGAAGGCGCCAGUAUGCUCAUCCUUCUCGAUAAUGCCAAGAGCUUUGGGAACCCCUCGCUGGAUGAGAGAAGCAUUCUUGCCCCUCUCUAUCAGUGUUGCAUCAUUCGAGUUUCUACCUGGAACAGACUGAAUUGCCUAAAGAAUGGUGUGCUAAAGUCUGCCUUAAAAUCUGCCAUGGCCCAUGACCCCAUCUCCCCAGUGCUCUCUGAUCCUCAUCUGGAUGCUGUGGACCAGCGGCUCCUGAGUGUCCUGACCACCGUGAAGCAGUGCACUGACCAGUUUGGGAUGGACACUGUGCUGGUAGAAGACAGGAUGCCUCUCUCCCACUUGUAAUUCUCAAUACAAAAAUAAGUGAAACUUCUUUUUACAAAGGUAGAGAAACAGCACAAUCAAUUCCAAAUGGUUUGAGAUGGAUUGGAAAUGGCCAGCAGCAAGUUCUGAUGAUAGGGGACAGGGUGGCCUUGGAUGUCUUUGGUGUUUCUGUAGUAGAAACUAAAGCAAAGACCUGAAGUUUCAGAGCACAGAGGUGCUACUGCUGAAUCACAUUCUGACUUCCUCGGCAGUUGCCCAUUCUAAAAUGGGCGUCAUAGUUGGUCAGUCUUACUUCCCAUGCCAAAGGACAAACAGGUGUGGCAUUUGAAUAGGCAAAUGCUGGGACUGGUUCUGGAUUGUGCGUUUUGAAUUGAACCUUCCAGUCCUUUCUUCACACCUGUGGGUUUUGUGGAAACACUUUGCAAUCUCUUGUGUCUUUUUUUACCAGAACUAGUCAAAUUGGAAAGCUUACUGCCUCCUACGGAGUGGCAGCAAAUAAAACUUUGCAUUCUGUCAAGCCAAAAUAGCAUGCUCUGUUGGAGGGGAUGUGUUUUUAAGAUAGAAUUGGAGGGAAGAGUAGAAGCAGGAAGAUGGUUGGGCUUUUGAGCAGUUGAGCAGUAUUCUCCUUCCUAUCGGGGAAGGAAGAAAAAAGACCUACUCGGCAGAACCAGAAUUAGGGAGAUGAUUGAAUUAGUGAAAAACAGGUUCCCCUGUAUUUAGGUUCUUAGGGUGUGCAAAAAGCAAACAUGGCUUUGUCCCUAAGUAAAAUCUGCAUUCUCAUAGUUGUGUUCAAAGUAACCAAAAAAUUGUCUCUAGAGAAAAUACUGUUACAUCCUAAGCAUGAUUCUCUUGUGGAGACUAAUUUUUUUCCCUUUUACCUAAAGCUGUCAAAUCCUUUCCAAAUUAACAAGACAAACUGAAACAAUACCUUGAAUAAGAGUCAGGUUGCCUGUGAUCUCUGCCAUUCUCAUUUAUUUUCUGAAAUGAAUUUUCACUUCUGCCUUUAGGGCAUUUGGUCAUUGAAGCUGCUAUUCGCAAGAGAUUGGCUACCCUGUUUGUGCCUUUCUUGUGAGCAAAGGCAGCUUACUCAUACAGAUGAUAGUGUACACUGUGCUGGUGAAUGGACUUAUCUUGUGGUCUGGGCCAUGCAGAAGACUAGAAACAAAGAUUUUAAGCCUUCUGAGCCUUGAAAUUAAGGAGGUUACCAGGAAGAGCCUUAAAAUUUUGAUUUAUGUCAAAUCCUAAUUUCAUCUUUAAGUCUCAUUUGGAGUUGUGAACCCAUGAUGUAGUAGUAUUCUUCCAUCUCCUCUGAGCGCUCUUAAAUUUCAGGUUGCUAAAGCACAGGUUUUGUUUUGUGUUCUGGCACAGUGGUUUUGGCAUGUAAGCAGCUGUAGUAGAAUACAGGGCCAGAGGAAGACAGGCUCGUGUGCCCGCUCACCUGUGUCCUCAGAGCUGGGUGUUUCUCUCCUGCAUCGUGUCUAGGUGCUGUUCUGGUUUUGUGUUUCUGUCAAGCAGAGACUAAUAUUUAAACUGUGUGGUUGAACAGAUUUAAUGCCAACCACUGGAGACCAGUUUAGGCAACCACCCUUUCAAAAAUUAGAAUUUAUGUCCCAAUUUUCUCACAUUGAAAAAUGAGUAACCUGCAAUACUUUAAAAUAGCAUGAAAUUAGGAAAAUUUUGUACUUUUUAUAUACAUUUUAAGAUGGACAUUUGAAUAGGUUGAGUAAAAAAAAAAAAAAGGUAUUGAAUUUAAGAUACAGCUAUUAUUAGCACAAAACACUGAAAUAGGUUAACAAAAGGAGGCAUUGAUUCCAAUUUUAAGGCUGCUUGCUGUGUGUCCAGGAAAAUUCACAAUUCAGCUUGAGAAUACCUUGGAUAGUGCUUACCCCAAAGCUUCUGAGAGCCAGUGGGCAGAGACAGCAGGAAGGAAGUCAGCUGUACUCUCCUUCAUUAAUGUUAGUUGAACUAAAUUAUGGAUUAAUGUUCUUUCAACACAUGAUGCCUUUAGUACGCCACACUGAAAUGAAUAACAGUUUUCUGUAACGGGGAACUUCAUAACAUUGGAAGCAAAAGAUUCCGAUAAGGAAAAAGCAGGAGAGAAAGCUGCUUUGGAAAAUGUCUCAUCCUGUCUUCAAAGCAUUUGCAGAAAAUGUAUCAUUUAUUCUUUUCCCUACUAUUUUCAAAUUCAUGACCUUAAAAGAUAUAAUGGUUCAAGUUAGAAUUAAGCUAAUAGAGUGGUGGCACUGAGAAUAUAAAUUUAUGUUCUAAUCAGGAUUGGAUUAAGCUGGAAAAGUAUGUUUAGGCAAAUCUUGGAGAAAACCAACCAUAAACUUACACCCCUAAAAUUCACAAACACUAAAUUCUGUUUGAAAAAAGAGGUAAAUAUCUUUUUAAGAAGUUUUGUAACACUGUCCUUUUUAUGGUUUAUUUAUUAGAAUCUAGGGCUUAAAAUCCAAUCAUUGGAUGGUUUUGGUCAGCUCUAAGUUAGGUGUGCCUACCAAACAUUUAAAGGUAGUUGUGAAUACACUUUAAUAUUAUAAAACUAGGAAAAUCAGAACUGAUUGCCAUUUCUUGCCCUCCUCCCACUUCUUAAAAAUGUUUAUUCCAAAGCUCAAAUGGGAAAAUUCGGGGAUAGAGGUUUCAUUCUAAAACUGUUCUUUAAUAUGUGACUGCAUUGUGGGCUUGGGAAGGAGUGUAAAUUAUUUUCUGUAUAAAACAAUUUAAUAAGAUCUCAUUUGUUCAGAGUAUUCAAUAAUGUAUUUAUAAGACAUUUCUCCCUAUUUGCACUCAGGGUUAAUAUGUCAAAUGAAAUUUAAGAAGGAAAUAGAAGAAUCCAGGUACAUCCAUUGCAUAUUAUUUUGGGAAAGAUGAAUCCUAUAGAUGACAGUUUUUAAUGUCAUCUGAAGACAGCAUUGUCUUCCAAAGAAAUACAUCUUUUCUUUUCUUUAAAAAAAUGCUUUGGCCUCCCCUUCCUGUCCACCGUAUUCUUUCUACCUCCACUCUCAAUCAUCCCUGUAUUCUUCUUUGACCAGUAAAUGAUGAUGGUAAAACAGCGUUAUGUCAGUGAGCUGUCUUGUAUGAGUCAUCUUGUCAGCUUGAGCUUCAGGAAACGUGAGUAAAGGUAUAUGUAUGUAUAUAGUUAUAUAUGUAUUCUAGCAAGAAAAACGUAUUUAUUUUGACACAGGGAAACACUGACUUACAUUGCUGAAGGACUUGAAGCUAGUGAAAGGUUCUCUUCUCAGUCUCUGAGUGUGGACCCUAAGUGGCAUAAAGACCGUCAUUCAGCAGACAUCUACUGAGCAACCCUGGUGUGGCAGCACUGGCCAGGCACACUGGUGAGCCAGGUAGACCUGACUUUGUGAAGCUUUUGUACGGGAGAAGGCUAUUUUUUCUCCCUUUGGUUCCUCAAGCCUGGAUGGUGAAAAAAGUAGGGGCUGGGUACUGUACUGCCAUAGAUUUUUAGGAACUAAGGUGUUCCUCACAAACACAAAAUUUGGGGGGAAACAGAAUAAAUUGCUGGAAAGCUAAUUUAUUUGCUUAAAUGGGAAGUGUAGGAACCACUUCCCUCUGUUUGGAUCUGCCAAGGAUUUCCUCUCAGAGCUGUUGCACAAAUAGAGGUUGUACUUGGUAAGACAAGACAGAUAUGCACCUAAAUCUCUAAUGUGUUCUAUGGAUUUCAAUCCUGAAAAGAAAAUGAAUAAAGAUUUUAAUAAAUAUUA